UUUUAUUGUGAUUAAUUUCAUCGAAGUUAGACUUGAAGUUGAAAUUUAUUGCUUUUAUUAAUUACGCUGUAAAAAAAUAUGUCCUAUAAAGAGGUUCGAGAUUUGUUUGAAUACUUGAAAAUUCUCGGCUAUCCGAAACCACUGAAAUUGACGGCACUGUAUACGGAUCAAGGAUCAUUGGAGAAUUUUAAAUUGAUUUUUGAUAUAUUACGGUGGCUCAUUGACCAAUAUGAACCGGGAACAAUUUUACUGGGCAGCACUGAUUCGGAAAUGGAUCGAACACUCUUGGUUCGAAGUACUGUUGAAUUUUUAGUUGUAAAAGCUGGCAUCAAAUUGAAUCCGAUGCGAUUAUACGCUAGCUCAAUGGUUUCGGCACCUGAAUUGCUGAAAGUUGUUAAUUUGAUUAUGAAACGGCCAACGUUACAAUCACAGGACGCAGAUGUUAUGAAUGAAAAUCAAUAUCGUAAAGUAGCUGAAAUCGAUAUCGAUGAUAAGAUCAAAGCCAGACAACGCGGUCGCGAAUUAUCUUCAGAGCUAACGCAAAUCGGUGCAACACUUUAUGACCUUUUGGGUAAGGAAAAUGAAAAUCAAGAGAAACGAAACUCACAAGCCGGCCGCCAAAUGGAAUCAUCAAAUGUUGGUCGAAUUUUGAGCAAUGUCAUUGCAUCGGCCAAUGUAAAAGUAUCGACCGAUAAGGCCUUAUUAGAUUCGGUUUUGAUGGAACGACAAGCCAUUUCAGCGAAAAUUGAACGGAGAAAAGCCGAUUUGGAGAGACUUAAACAACGAUUGGAUACACUUCAAAAGAUUCGGCCUGCAUUUUCUGAAGAAUUUGAAAAGGCUGAGGAAGAACUAGAAAAAUUGUACGUUGAAUAUUUGACACAUAUUCGAUGUUUGGAUGCUUUGAGAGCCCAAAUGAGUGUCAAUGCAAAAGUAGCACAGCCUCUGUCCGAAGCCAGCAAGUCAAGUGCUCCGGCAAGUAUGAUUCUUUUGCCAGACGGAAUUCUUGAUUUCUCCGACGAACUUAGUAACGAUGGCGAUGACUUGCUUGAUGACGAAGCAAAUGAAUUGAAACUUAAGAGACCAACUGAGAUUAAUGAAGAAGUUGAUGCGGUAAAGGCGGACAAAGCUACCGAAAAUGAUCCAAUUAAAGCCAAGCUUCGAAUUAAAACGGGAGUGCGUAGAACAGAUGAUCCGCGUCUCAUUGGUACUAUGCUUGGUGAAGAGGGUGAAUCAGAUUUCGAUAGUUCAUUGGAUUACAAUGAAGGAGAGGAAGAUUCCGAUGAUUCUGAUUUGAAUUUGGAAAACGAUCCAGCCGCAAAUGUCGAGGCCUUAUACAAUUUUAGUGAAAAUGUACCGGCACGCAUUAAAUCGGCAAAACCAAAGGUCUAUCAAAGUGAUGAAGAUUUUUAAAAUUCAAGAUUUUUGAAUCACCAAUCAAACCCUUGUCACUGACUAUUGACAGAUUUCUGCUGCAAUGAACAAAUAAAGAAGAAAUAAAAGAAAAUAUGUUGAUUCAAUUUUGAUAGAGUGUACCAUUUCAAAUAGAGCACAUAUUUGACAAAUUCCAUUAAAUAAUAAUGUUUUGUGGAUUCGAAAAAGAAAAACCAUAUAAUAGCAUGUAAUACAUUUAUAUAUAUUGAUACAUUUUGGUGCAGAAUCAAUGCAUAUUAAAUAAUUGCCCCAAAUUGCAGGACGUUUGAAUAUUUUUCUUUUAAUUUUUCAAUAAAUGUCACUUAA